AAUAUCAUAAAUAGUUUAAAAUUUUCCUUCUAUAUAAUUCAUACAAUUAGGGUAAUACUCUCUAUGAUAAGUUAAUGGGUUAGUUUUUUCCGGAUCUUAUAGGAUUUGUAUAUAAAUAUUUUUAAGUUCAUCUUUUUUUACAAAACCCCAAGGUUAUUACCCAGUAAAGAGUUCCAAAAGGAUACACCCAAAACUAUAAAUAUCAAACCUAGGUGAUAAUUCAUGAUUAAUAAUAGCCGCAGGAUGUGCAUACUUAACUGUAGUCCCCAACAUAUUGAAAGCCUCCGUUUAUUUUUCUUCAAAAACUUUUGACAUAGAAAGAUCAGAAACAAUAAUAUCAUCAUUCUAAUCAAGCAAAAUAUUUUAAGGCUUAAGAUCCAUAUGCUAUAUUUUUUAUUCAUAAAAUAAUUCCAAACAUUCUACUAACUGUAAAGACCAAACAAUUUUUUGAUAAUAAGUUAUAUCCAAGAAGUUAUUUUUAAUAAGCUAUUUUAAAUUAAAUUUACAUAAAGGCAUCCAAUAGCCAAUUAAAACAUUCUAUCUUUGCAUAUCUACUUAAAAGGAUAUUCCUUUCAAAGGCAUGAUUCUCAUGUUUUUAAAAAGCAUAAAUUUUUGCAUAUUCUCAGCUUCUGAGAAAAUUAUCUAAAACCUAUUUAAUGCUGAAUCAUCAUUCAUUUAAAUUUUGCAAAUUUUCAAAGCACAUAGUUCGUUUUCUAAUUAAAUUUUAUAUACAAUUCCGAAAUUUCCUUUAUCCAAUUAUACACGUUAUUUCGUUUACAUUUUCUCAUGUGGAAUAAUUCUUAUAUAUUUUUAAGAUUGUUCUUAUAAUAAUUAAGGCUUUUUUAUUAAUCUAGUAUUUAUUUUACAUUCUUCUUAUUCAGUAUUAUUAUCUUGUAUUAUUGAACUUUCUUUAAAAUUUUUUUUUUAUUCACUACUUUUUAAAAGACUUUCUUGUAAUUUUUUAAGUAUUUGGAGUUAUUCAUCAACUGAAUUUUUAUUUACGUUUAUUUUUUUAUUUAAUAUUAAGUUCAUUAAGUCCGGUAUUCUUUUUUUUUAUUUAGAAGAUACUUAUGUAUAGUUAAUUUGUAAUUGUUAACAUUAUUAUUGUAAAAAAUUUAGUUCUAAUUGAUUUUAUUCUAUAUCAGAUUUACAACUUACUAUAAUACACUAUAUUUAUUUCAAAGGAUUAGCUUUUACAUAAGAAAAUAUUAUUUCUAAAAAAGAAUCUUGUUAAUUUUUUAAUUAUGAUUUCAUUGAUAUAUCUACACAUAAAAGAAUUGUCUCGAAUUCAUUUAUCUAUGAUUUGUUUAAACGGAAAUAUUCAGGAUCACUCUUUGUUAAUCUUUAAAAAUUCACUACCUUGUUUUAAUAUUUUACCUUAGCUUAGUUUAUUCCAAAAACUUAGCCUACGGAUAAUAAAGCUUCUAUUAAAUAGGCUUUUCCUACUUUACUUUCUCCUAUUAAUAAGACGUUUUGUUCG